AUGACGUUCUCCACAACCAGGACUAGGGACGCGGAUCUUAUUGAAAAAGCUAGGGAUCUUCUUCAGCUUUUCACAUUAGCUGUUCCUGCAUCUCAGGCGAUAACAGUACUGAAGGGAAGGCACUGGGACGUCAUGAAGUUGGGGUAUCAAAAAGAUGGGCUUUGCUCAGAAUUUGGAAUCAACAAGGAGAAAUUUCAUGAACGGAUGAAACUUCUCUGCCACCGUUCCUUAAAGGAAAUUGGAGAUCUGAUCUUGUGUUAUAUUUGUAUUGUUGGAGACAUUCUUGUUGCUCUGGGUCCAGUCAAUUCAGUAAAGGGGAUCCGGAUAAUUGUUAAAGAUUGCAUCGUUCGUGGAAUUCCUCCUGCUUCUCGUGUCAAAUUAGUCAAGGACGCUAAAGUGCGGGUUCAAACGAUGAAGCGUCUGGAGGAUUUGCGGCUAUGA